UUAUACGAAGGUAGUGGCCACGGUGAGUUGUUAUAGUAAGCGUCAGUUACGUUAUAUCUGGCUCAAUAACGCGUUAGAUAAAACUAUAUAUAUUGUAUCGUUGGAGAUAAAAAGUAAAAAUAAAAAGAAAAGCUGUUUCUUUCUUCUUCUCAGAAAAGAUGCGGUGAAAUUUGGCGCGUCAGCGAGAGAGAGAGAGAGAGAGAGAGAGAUACUCCUCGCAAAAUCGGCCAUUUUGACAGCGUUGAGAAAUACCUGCAGGAAAAACGACUAAGAUCUCGUUUCUGUGGCAGUUACCCUCGAGGAUUGCGCGCGUGAGGAGGCGGCGGUGGUAGUGGUAUUGGUGUGCGUGCUGGUGCUGCUGCUACUGCUGCUAUUAUUGCUGUUUCUACUGCUAGUAUUAAUACUGUUACCGAAGGUAGUGUCGAUUCUGUGUCACAAUCAUCGGACAAGAGUAACCAUAAUAAGAUCUCAAUCAAGAAGAUCAUCGUAUUCCUAAACGUGGAGUGAAUUCGUACGACGACCUUCAGGCAGAAAAAAUGGCUGGAAAUAUGGGUAUGGAACAACUGAUCCCGAUCGUGAACAAGCUGCAAGAUGCAUUCACGCAACUCGGGGUCCACAUGCAGCUUGAUUUACCACAAAUCGCGGUAGUGGGCGGUCAGAGUGCGGGAAAAAGUUCUGUGCUCGAAAACUUUGUUGGCAAGGAUUUCUUACCAAGAGGUUCUGGUAUUGUAACUAGAAGACCACUCAUCUUACAAUUGAUUAAUAGCACUACGGAAUUUGCAGAAUUUUUGCAUUGCAAAGGCAAGAAGUUUGUGGACUUUGAUGAAGUACGAAAAGAAAUAGAAUCUGAAACAGAUAGAGUAACAGGCAGUAAUAAGGGUAUCUCUAAUAUACCUAUAAAUUUAAGAGUAUAUUCACCUAAUGUUCUCAAUCUUACAUUGAUUGAUCUACCUGGUCUUACAAAAGUGCCAAUUGGAGAUCAACCAGCUGAUAUAGAAGCUCAAAUUAAAGCAAUGAUUUUUCAAUUCAUUAGAAGAGAAAAUUGUCUUAUAUUGGCAGUUACACCAGCUAAUACCGACUUGGCAAAUAGUGAUGCUUUAAAACUUGCUAAAGAAGUUGAUAUACAAGGUGUACGUACCAUCGGAGUUAUUACUAAAUUGGAUCUUAUGGAUGAUGGGACUGAUGCAAGAGAUAUCUUGGAGAAUAAGCUGUUACCUUUGCGAAGAGGCUACAUAGGUGUUGUUAAUAGAAGUCAAAAAGAUAUUGAAGGGCGUAAGGAUAUAAAAAAUGCUUUGGCAGCUGAAAGAAAAUUUUUUCUUAGCCAUCCAUCUUAUCGACACUUAGCAGAUAGAUUGGGUACACCUUAUCUGCAACGAGUUCUAAAUCAACAGCUUACAAAUCACAUCAGGGAUACCCUUCCUGCCUUACGAGAUAGACUACAAAAACAGCUUCUUACACUGGAAAAAGAUGUUGAACAGUAUAAACAUUUUAGACCGGAUGAUCCUGCUAUUAAGACAAAGGCUAUGUUACAGAUGAUACAACAACUUCAGUCAGAUUUUGAACGGACUAUAGAAGGUUCUGGUUCAGCGCAAAUUAACACAAAUGAACUUAGUGGUGGAGCAAAAAUAAAUAGAUUAUUUCACGAACGUUUUCCAUUUGAAAUUGUUAAAAUGGAAUUUGACGAAAAAGAACUCAGAAGAGAAAUUGCUUUUGCUAUCAGAAAUAUUCAUGGUAUCAGGGUAGGAUUAUUCACGCCAGAUAUGGCCUUUGAGGCAAUAGUCAAAAAGCAAAUUAACAGGCUAAAAGAGCCUAGCCUAAAAUGUGUGGACCUAGUCGUACAAGAACUUAGUAAUGUUGUUCGUAUUUGUACAGAUAGGAUGUCACGUUAUCCUAGAUUAAGAGAAGAAACAGAACGUAUUAUAACUACUCACGUUCGACAACGUGAACAAAUGUGUAAAGAGCAACUAGUACUUUUAGUGGAUUGUGAGCUUGCAUACAUGAAUACGAAUCAUGAAGAUUUUAUUGGUUUUGCCAACGCGGCGGCCAGUAGCCAUAAUGCAAGUGCUCAGCAAUCAUCAGAAAAUGCAGUUAAGGCUGGACGACAUACUUUAGGCAACCAAGUAAUACGUAAAGGUUACAUGUGUAUUCAUAAUCUUGGUAUUAUGAAAGGAGGAUCCAAAGACUACUGGUUUGUUUUGACCGCCGAAAGUAUUUCUUGGUUCAAAGAUGAAGAGGAACGCGAAAAGAAAUAUAUGCUACCUCUUGAUGGUUUGAAACUGCGCGAUUUAGAACAAGGCUUCAUGUCUCGACGACAUCUUUUUGCAUUAUUCAAUCCUGAAGGAAGGAACGUUUAUAAAGAUUCUAAACAACUUGAAUUAAGUUGUGAAACACAGGAUGAUGUUGAUUCUUGGAAGGCUUCGUUACUCAGAGCUGGAGUAUAUCCUGAGAAAUCAACAGAGCAAGCAAAUGGUGAAGGAGAGGAAGGAUAUGAGGGUGGUACAGAAGGUCAAUCUUCAAUGGAUCCUCAGUUAGAACGUCAAGUGGAGACAAUUAGGAAUCUAGUAGAUUCUUACAUGAAAAUUGUUACAAAAACUACCCGUGAUCUUGUUCCAAAGACAAUUAUGCAUCUCAUCAUUAAUAAUGCAAAAGACUUUAUUAAUGGAGAAUUAUUGGCACAUCUUUAUGCAAGUGGUGAUCAGGCAUCUAUGAUGGAAGAGUCUCCUGAAGAAGCACAGAAAAGAGAAGAAAUGUUACGCAUGUAUCAUGCAUGUAAGGAAGCUCUUCGCAUUAUUGGAGAUGUUUCAAUGGCUACAGUAUCAACACCAGUACCACCACCAGUGAAGAAUGAUUGGUUGGCUUCUGGAGAAAAUCCAAGUCUUGGGUUAUCGCCACCAUCUCCUGGUGGGCCAAGACGUGGAGUGACACAGCCACCACCUCUUUCUAGUUCACGAGUACCACCUCCUGUUCCUGCCACUGGGCGGCCAGCACCGGCAAUUCCUAAUCGACCUGGACCUGGUGGACCACCACCAGCGCGGGCUAAUCCAGGCCUACCACCACCACUUAUUCCAUCUCGAGGGGGUGGCCUUCAGCAGAGGGUGACACAGGCUGCGACUCAGGCCGCUGCUAAUGCCGCUGUGAACGAGCUGAUGGACGCGUUCAGGAUCAAGUAAAUAAACGCUGUGUUGUAGCUUUCUUAUAGUAUACUUAUCCUUAUUUACAACGUCUCCCCCUCACGGGUAUAUUCUGUAUUACUAAUACAUUGCGCAUUGUUAGAUGAUAAAUUUAACGAGAAUGAAAUCGAAGAAAUUCAUCCCCACGUACAUAUUUUGUUUGCUUUAAGAAAAGAAAUUUUGAUGGAUUUGCGUGUAAGAAGCUCUUAAUGUGCACGCACUCACACACAUGCGCAAUAUGUGAUGGAACUAUAAACUAAAUUAAUAAUUGAUGCCUUUUUAAAUUGUAUUGUUAUAUACGUACGCGUGUCCACAUAUUUAUUCAUUUAUUAUCACGCAUACAUAUAAUGUAGACAGUAAUUGUAUAAAGUAAUGUCCGUAUAUUUUUAAGGCAUUAAGUGUAUAAGCAUUUAAUUUUUAAACAAAAUUCCCCUCAUUACUUAUAUAUUUAAACAUAAGGAAGAUUGUUAUUCACUCAUUGUUAGAAGCAAAUAAUUAUAUAUACCUUCACGCAUUAUAGAGCAAUAAUAUUUAUUGUACAAUUAUGUACAUGAAACUGCUUGUCUGAGGCAUGUAUGUAAUUGAAACAAAACUAAACAAAAAAAAAUAACAGAUAAAUUCAUUUAUUCGGAUAUAAUAAUAGUUCCAAUACACUUUAAAAUAUAUAUAAUAUACUUGCUAGAAUAUAUAUAUAUAUAUAUAUAUAUAUAUAUAUAUAUGUUUGUAUAUAUAUAUAUAUUCAGUCUAUUGAGAGAUUUUCUAAAAUCUAUCAGAAACAGAUUACGAUGUGGCAUAUUAUAAUAAUAUCGAUUAAUCCGAAGGAAAUUGAAUACUCAUACGAAGCACUCCUAAUAAAUUGCUCGUUAAGUGUACCUCAGAAUAUUUAACAAAAAGGAAAUAUAAAAAAUAUAUAUAUAUAAUUAGGGGGCACGUUUAACUCAUUAUAAGAGUACUCGUAAACGUAAAUUGAAAAUGUCAUGCUGUUGGAAAGAGUUGAAUAUCUUUCAAAUAUGUUAUAAAGAUCAAUUCUUCGAAAAAAAAAAGAAGAAAAAAACAAAUUACGAUUAAUCAUCGUAUAUUAUAGAACGUUUAAAUUAUCAUUUUCAUGAUAUAUGAAAUUUUUUUGCUCUCUCUUUUUCUUUUUCUUUCUCUUUCUCUCUCUCUCUCUCUCUCUCUUUUUCUCUACCUCUUACAACAUUUACUGCACUUUAUUCCUUAUGAGUUUUUGAAUGGGUGGGUGGUUGAUUUUAUGUGAUACACAUGGUAUGGUUGGGUAUAAUGAGCAUAUGACACGAUGAUUAAUUAUCAAUCCAUAUGAAAUUAUUAUCGCAAAUAAUAAAUGAUAAAAAAUUAAAAAAAAAAUAAAAUAAAAUAAAAUAAAAAAACAUGUGGCUCAGAUAUAGGAUGUGAUAUAGCAUAGAACGCUUCAAGGAUUUUGCAUGAAAAUCCUGAAUCGCGGAUUUUUUCUUUGAGAAUAAUCGUAAAUAAAUAAAUAAAUAAAUAAA